GGUUUUAAAAUUUUUCCCUUUUAAUCUUGUAACGCAACACUUUAUACACCAGAAAUCCAUGUGGAUAAAUCUCAGCGUAAUUAGAAUUAAGGUCAGUUAACCGUUCAAUUGCCCAAAACAACAUAAAAUUAUGUGCAUAUAUAUUUAAUGUACCACCUGUCAUGUCCAGCCAAACUAAGCAUUUGAACCUUACCAUGGGAACAAAAGCUUCAUUUUAUGUGUGAAUGUUUAAUGCCAGGGGCUCAACUUGCCUUGAACUGGGAAGUUAAGUUAAAAUUGUCGUAGGAAGAUUGCUGAACUAAGGUUAAGUGGCCAGCCAAAGACAAAGAUAGGCAAUCAACUAAGAAGGCUUAAAAACAAUCGAAAAAAUCUCCGUACAUCUGCUUUGGAAAGUUCUUUCAAUCUCUUAUCCUCUUAAAUUCAGGUUCGCGCCACAUAACGUUGGCCCCACAUAGUGAUGAUUUGUGCAAGAUGAAAUAAUUUUUUUCAGAUUGCUGAACUGAGGUUAAGUGGCCAGCCAAAGACAAAGAUAGGCAAUCAACUAAGAAGGCUUAAAAACAAUCGAAAGAUCGUAAUUACCGUACGUAACUUCAAUAGAUGUGAGAGACAUUUACCUCACAAGAACUUCAUAUGAAAGUGGAUGGUACUAGACGGCAAUCAAUUCGCAAGAUGGAACGAAAGCUUUUCGAAGCGAUAAAGAAAGGACAUUUGGAGACAGUAAGAUGAAUUAAGUUCGUUCGGCCAAAAUGCGACAUCAACUGUGUUAAUAACUCUGGCAAAACAGUUCUGCGGGUAGCGGCGGAUUUAGAAGACGUAUCCAUUCGGAACAACAUUAUCAAAUCCUUACUGAGCGGUGGAGCCGACUUGGAACUCGCUUUGUUGCACGCAGUACGUGAGAGUGACGUGAAAUGUGUAGAAAUUUUGCUUAGAUUUCAUGGAAUCCCAUCAAUUCAAACAGAUCCUCCUGGAGUAGUGAGGUGCCUCGGUGUAAAACGUCAAAGAUACAUCACACCACUGACCCUCGCAGCCUGUUUGCAGAAUUUUAGAAUUGUUGAGCUUUUUCUGAAGAAUGGGUUCACCAUUUGUGACCCCCAGACGGAUGCUCAACAGUCUGUCAACUCAAACGGAGCGCUUAACGAGAAGCUAGGGCCAGCUGUGUUCCGUUUAAACAGAUAUCGAGCUCUUGCAAGCCCUGCUUAUAUUGCCGCAUCUUUUCUUCACAACUCACUUAACGGUCCCGUUCGCGUUCAUCGCGCUUGCGUUCUUAAGUUUUCAAGCUCAUGGUGCAAGACUGCAUAA